UUAAUCAUUUAGUUCAGUUCAUUUUACCUAUUCGUUCAUUUCCCGAAUUCGUUUCGUAGUUCAGUCUCAGUCAGAGUAAAUAAAACAAAGCGAAAACUGAAAAUAGUAAGUUAAUUUAGUAAAACAAUAUUGUGGACAUCGUGGUGGUUGUGAUAGAAGCGGCAUUGCAUUGCCAUCAUUGUUGUUAUUGAUACUUCUACUAAAUAUAAAAUGACCUGAUCUUUGGCUUGAUGUUUGAUUUAAUCUGCUGGUGACAAGGAAUUACUAAUGGAAGGGUUGCCUGAUGAUGUUGUGGCUAAGAUUGCAGCCUUCUUGCAAUCAAGAGAUCUUCUUGCUUGUUCAGCCGUGAACAGGAAAUGGCGGGAGAAAUUCAAUAGAAAACCUUUGUGGACUCCUCACCUUAUCUUCUUAGAAGAAUACUAUAACAUCCAAGAAAAAUACAAGGAAAUGAUAUUGUGUCCUCCUUACCUUUCUUCUCUUCAGCCGUUGUGUACAGCAAGAGAGCGCUACAUCCGAGACCAGUGUUUGCGUUUUAAUUUCAAGGCUGGACUUUUCACGAUAGAAUCUUUUCACCCGAAGACUGAUGGUAAAGUAAAUCAAAUCAUCAAUCACUUAGAUAAAGAUGGCCACUAUUGGCUUUUUCUGACAUUUGCUCAUAGGAUUGAGGUUUGGAACAUAACCAAUAAACCUUAUUUUCAAACCCGUGCAGAGAAGAAACUACCAUUUCCAGUUGAACAAGAUAGUUUAUAUAUUUUGGAUACAAAAGUAAUUUUGGUUUAUAGCAACACAGUUCAGGUAUAUUCUUUUGAGGGACCAAAGUUUGAACUCAUUUUCCAGUGUGCUUUUUUUAACGACAAUGAAUUGUCCCAAAUAGAUACACAAGGACAACUAAAAGCCAACUUCAACCAUAUAAUGUUCAAACACAUAAUGAUUGGUAAUAUAUUGAUAAGCUAUCCGGCGUGGACUGAUAAGCUAAACCUGCCAACUACCUGUCUUCAUGUGUGGAAAAUGGACACCUUGACAAAAUUGGAUGCAGUAAAAAUGCCUUAUGAACGUUUUCAUCUUUAUCACAAUGAUGACGAUUGUAGAACCUACGUUUCCUUUAAAUUUUUCAAAGGGGACCAAGACAAAGUUCCUCUUAUUGUAACAGAAGCAACUGGUACAGUAGUAAACAUUUUUGAUCUAGUUGAAAUGAGGUUUCUAGAGAUUUUCAAAUCUUACAAUUCUGUUCAAAUAUAUUGGAGCACAAUUGUUGAUGAAAGGGUUCAUGUAAUUGCAGCUUUUCAAAAAAUGUGUUUCUUCUCCACCACCUUUGAUUUUCAUGGUGCAGAUGGAGUUAAUAGAGAACUAACCAAGGCAACAGGUUUACAUUUUUCAAGUCAUGUUAUGAUAAGCGAUUCAGGAGUGCAUGCCAAAACACCUUGUGGUACAUGGUUCAUUGGGGUUAAAGAAGGAAGAUUUGCUUCUGUAAAACUGCUUGAUAACUGUGAAAGCAACAAAAUGGCUAGCUUUGUUGUUGUGAGUCAGUUAUUAUUCUUAAGAGAUGAUGAUGGAUGCACUACCAUAUGGGAUUUAGCCAAAAAAUGCCCAGUUAAUGAAUUGUCUCCUAGUCUUGGUGACAUAGACCUAUCACAUGUAGCUUCUUUAUCAUCAACAGAGUUUCCUCCAAAAAUCAUAUUUCCAAAUACUGAAGGAGACCUUGUGAUUGUUCUCAGUUUUUGGUAGUAAGCUACCUACGUGAAGAUAGUAUGGCCUCUUAACUGUUUCAUAAACACUGGUGAUGUAAUAUCUAACCAUCGCACAUUUUUAGUUAGUAACUUGGACCUGUAUAAAUUUAAUAAGUAGUUGAAAUUGAAAGACUGUUAUUGUUAUUAAGUUCAAUCAUUCUGAUUCAUUUUGUUUAUUUUUAACACAACAAAAACAUCCAUGUUCGCAGCAUCUUCAAAAAAUACUUUUUUAUGUAUUACUUAAAAUUUUAUUGGGUCAAAGCUAGAUCUCAAACCACCCUAUGAUAUUCUCCCACCCUACUAUGAUGUACUUACACUUUUAUAUACAUCUCUCUAGCAGCUAAAUAUAACUUUUACUGACAAUGGUUUAUAACGGUUUUCCCAUUGCGUGUUUUCACACAGAUCAAUUUGGUUAUAAUAAUGUAUGCACAAAGCAGCAUUCGAUAGGCUCUUUUCCUAGAAGUUAAAUAAUUAUUGGGGAUUAUUUAAAUCUGGGUAUUUUGUGUUGCUAAAACUUUUGUAUAAUUUAUAGCUUGUUAUUGUAAGAUUUUAAAUUUGCCAGCUAAAUAAUCUAUUCAUUUUGAGAUUAUUGUGUUCCCAUUACCCAUAGGUAAAAACAUAGAUUGGUACAGUGUUUUGUAAAUUUUUUACCCAAACAGGAAAAGAAAUUAGUAAGUUUAUCAUAGAAUUUUCACUGAAUAAAAUGUGUUACUAUAAUUUAUAUUGAUCUAAUUUUGUUUGUAUAUAUCCUGAGCUGUACUUUUCAAUAUUUAUCAUAAUAUGUCCAUUAUUAUCAAAUCUUACAAUUAUGUCCAUUAUUUUAUAUUUGUAUACAGUUUAUGUAAGUUUUAAUCAUAAUAUACUAUUUAUAUCUAGUUUUUUUUUAUUUCGCCUAAAACAUUAUUGAAGAUACAUAGGGAGUAGUCUUAGUAAGAUUCAAACUUGUUUAAACAAUGUAUUUUCUAGUCAUUAUUUAAAAAUUGAUAAUUAUAUGUUUAUAUGUAGUCUAUGUUUCAAAAUGGGAAUUUAAUGGCUAUUGGUUGAUUUAUUGGCCCAGGACAACUUUUAACAUUUAAAGUUAGACCUUUUGUAUUUCAGAUCUUGGAAGAAGUUUUAGGAAAUUUUCAGCUAAAUAUCUGUACAUAAAAAGUGUGGUUUUAAGUAUGCAGAUGGUACAAAACUACACAGGUGUAUUUUCUUUAUUAACACAACUGUUAAGCAGGAAACCCACUAGUCCGAUCCGACAAGUCUCCGACACCUUCUGCACAUUUUAAGGCAAUAACCCAUUGGUAUGACGGGCUCCGACAGUAGACCUAGCAAUACACUAUAAGAGCUAGAAAUACACAUUAAAUCAAUAGAUUAUUUUAGGCUUCAUACACUUAUUUCACAUAUUUAUAGAAUUAUUUUAUAACUACUUCAGACACCUACUAUUAAAGAAUAAGGGAGCGAGCUGGUCUGGUGGAGUACGGAGCUUUGGUCACCAAGGUCCUGGAUUCAAAUUGCAUCAAUCAUCAAUGGAGUUUAUCCAUAUGAGAAUGCCGAUACCCUUCCAGUUAUCAUGAUAACCUUUAUUACUAACUGCAUACAGAAAGGGAUACUCGCCAAUUGCUUCGAUCAAACAUUCGUCAAUACUCAUGUCACCACACACGAAGCUAGACAGUGACUAAUCUAGGCCUUGUGCACGCAGACUGGAGGAAAAUCGGAUCCGACGUUCGACAAUGCCCUCAGAGCAAUGUUGUCAGAAUGUGUCGGGUCGGACUAGUGGGUUACUGUCCAUUUAAAGCCAUGCAAAGUAAUUGUGUCGGAUCGGAGAGUGUAGUGGGUUUCCUGCUUUAGUUGAUGCCAGCAAUGGAAAGAGCAUGUUUAUGAGUUUGUUUUGAUUUGGUUAUGUGUGGUGUGGUUUGACUUGGUCAUUACAAGUCAAUAAAAGGGUUUUUGUGUGUUGGAGGUUACUCCGAACUAGAGCCGUUGUGACUCCUAGCAAAACUUUCAGAAUGGACGCUUCUUGCUCUAACUGUAUAGGGUGAUGCCCCUGUGUUUGGUGAGGAAGUUUUGUUACUUAGAAGACUCCUUUUAUUGUUAUGUAUUAGCAUUAGCCACUUAAUAAACAAGUCUGUAACAGUUAAUCAAUUAUCCAAGACAAAACAAACCUAUAUACACAACUGUUUAUACCCCCCCCCCCCACCACAUUGGUCCCCAACAACAACAACCCCAACAAUUUGGCCCUUUCCAAACUUGCCCUUUCCAUUGGUGGAACAUCAAUAGCUGUAUUAAUUAGGAUGACAGAAAAUCUACAUGUUUGGCUUUGUACCUUUAUUUCAACACCCUGUGCAUGAUGUGCAAUCACUGUUUUGAGUCUCAUGAGCUUAAUCUCUGUCCCUCAGCACCCUUAAAAUUUCAAUUGCAAAAUACUUGAUUAAACAAAGUGAUCUGAGGUUAAGUUUCUAUACUUAAUACUUACAUUUUUCAAAUUUGUGAACAUUGAAAUUUGACUAUUUUAUAAUACCGGUAUCUAAUAUGGACUAAAUUAAGUAUAUAAAUGGAAUUAGAAAGAUCAAAGAUGUCUGUGGUACAUUUUGACUUGUCGAUACUGAAAUAGAUCUUUCAUUCAUGUAGCCAAUCUAUCAAUCAAUAAGAUCGUAGUUGAAUGAGCUGCCUUAGUGUGUGCUGCUGUUAAAAUUGUAUUGCCUCACUUAGUUUUUGAUACCUUGAUAAUUGAUGUGAAAUGCUACCUUGAUUGAAUAUGCUAUAGUUUAUAGUAGGUCUGAACUAGUAGAAGCUCUUCUUUCAGUUUAGUUUGGAUAGUCGGUGAAUAUGACACAAUCAUACUGUGUAAUUGGUACAGAACACUUGGUUGUAGGCUCAAUUCAACUACAACAUAAACAUGGGAAUGGGACGUCUUCUACUCUCCUAUCAAAAUUGAUAAGUUAGUUUUAAAAAAUUUGCCGUAUCACAAUUUAAACCUAAGCAUGGUUGAACUGAACAUUUAAUAAAAAUCUUCGACUGGUGUUGGUAAUUUUAUCCUCGAGAAGUAGACAGACUUCAGGAGGAUCUGUUUUGUGAGCCCAGUGAAUAUUUAAAGAAAUGUGCCUUACAUAAUUAUUGUUUCUAAUAUAUUUACAUUGUUUUAUACGUCUUCAUUGACGUUUUAAAAUAUUUUUGUUGUUCUGUUAAUAAAAUUAAAGACUUCUCAAUUUAAAAAUAUAUAUUACUGGUCACUGGUCAGUUUAGUGUACUUUUAUUUGAUGAUGAUAAAUAUAUUCAAUGCAUUUAGACUUUAAUAAACAUGGUGAGCUAGUAAUCUGUUAAUAACUAGUUACAAUGACAAGCUUAGAAAACAAUAUGUUACAGUAAUAUAGAACUUCUUAACUCUAACAUUUUUACUUUUGUUGUUUUAUUAGACAAAUAAUCCUGUUUAAAUGUUAAAAAAUAUGUGAUUUCAGAGUAUUACUGAUGUUAUUUUGUUUAAAUAAUGUUAAUUCUUUUCUUAUUUUAAACACUGUACAAGUUAGUUGUUUGUUUUGUGAUUUAUUGACAUUUUAUAGAACAAUUGUUAUUAUAACAACGUUAUUCUGAAGUAAAGUUUCUUUAUUC